AUGACUGUUGAUUGCCAGUCCAAAGCAGUUCAAUCACCCAUCGCAAUUUCAUCACGUGAAUCGCGAAUUCGCGAUAAUGUGAAGCCGUUGGAAUUUCAUGGCCAUUGGCACAAAGACGGAGAAGCAGUCAUCGAAAAUACGGGCACUUCUGCAAAAGUAACAUUUCAAGGUCGGAAUGAACUGCCUUUUAUUACUGGCGGAGCUCUUCAGCCAAAUGAACGGUACAUUUUUGAAGAGUUACACUUUCAUUGGUCGGAAAGAGACGAUGCCGGUUGCGAACAUAAAAUCAAUGGGCAAACAUACUCAAUGGAGGUACAUUUGGUGCACUUUAAUUCAAAAUACGGUAAUUUACAAACGGCUGUGACCAAAAGAGAUGGUUUAGCUGUGGUUGCUUUCUUUAUUCAGGCCAUGGGAGAUGUAAAAUGCGAUUUAUUUGCCCAAAUCACCGAUCAUAUCGAACAGAUUCAAGAACCAAAAUCAAAAUGUGCCUUGAAUUCAGACUGUUUGCAAUGGAUGUCAUUGCAAGAGUUGGAUAAACACUAUUUUACAUACCGUGGAUCAUUGACGACAUCACCAUAUAAUGAGUGUGUUACAUGGAUUAUUUAUCGAACGCCGAUAUAUGUGUCGCAGCAACAGGUUUCCGUAUUCCGUGACUUGUGGUCGAUAGACCAAACGAAGAGAAUCAUAAGAAAUUGUCGCCCCAUUCAAAUAAACCGUGUGCCAUCAGUCAUUUUCACACGCAACAUUCAGCUCAAGUCGAAAUUCACCAUUUGUGGAUUCUUAGCAGCACUUGAUAUAAAAUUUAUUAUGUCGAAUUACACGUUUGUUAUAAAUAAAGAAAUAUUCUGUGCAUUUGUCGUUAUUUUUGCGGUAGUUUCAACAGAAGCAGGACUAUUGGAUCCAUUGGACAUUUUUGGUCGAUUGACACACAGUCAGAAGGAAAAGGGAAUCGAAUCACAAAAUAAUGGAUUUUUCAAUUUAAAGGUAGAAAAAGCAAAAAACGGACGACACAUCGCGGAAGAUGAUGAAUUUUGGGUUCAAUCGCCAAUUUCGAUCUCAUCGCAUAGUUGCAACACCUUGCGAAAUGUAAAACCAUUGAGUUAUAAUGAUCACUGGAAAAAAGACGGGGCAGCAUAUAUUGAAGACACGGGAACAUCUGCGAAAAUAACAUUCAAAGGUCGAAGGAAACAGCCCUACAUAAGCGGUGGUCUUUUGAAUCACAAUGAACGUUACAUUUUUGAACAGAUGCACUUACACUGGGGAGAACGAGACGAUAUUGGAUCUGAACAUAUCAUCGAUGGAAAAACCUACUCAAUGGAGGCGCAUCUGGUGCAUUUCAACGAAAAAUACGGCAGUUUUGAUGAAGCAGUCAAUGAGAAAGAUGGCAUUGUUGUGGUUUCGUUUUUGAUUCAAGCUUCCGGAAAUGAGAAAAACGCUCUGUUUGCCAAAAUCACAGAUCGCAUUCAAAGUAUACAGGAGCUACAUGCAAAGUCCUAUAUCGAUUCAGACUGUUUACGAUGGCUAUCAUCACAAGAGUUAAAUAAAAAUUACUUCACCUACCAUGGAUCAUUGACAACGCCGCCAUAUAAUGAGUCUGUCACCUGGAUAAUUUACCGCACGCCGGUGCUUGUGUCAAAACAACAGGUGGCCGCUUUCCGUAAUUUACGUUCAGCUGACAACAUACAUAGAAUCACGAAAAAUUGCCGCUCCAUCCAAACACCAAUCAAACGUCCCACAAUCAUUUUUACUGGCAGACCAUAA